AUGAAGCUGCCAAACCAGACUAAUAAUAUUGAAUUUCAACUUUUUGGAUUCUCUGUUUUUAUCUACAUGCCUGUGGCUUCUUUCUUUGUCUUGUUAAGUGUUUACAUCUUCAACUUGCUUGGAAACCUUUUUAUUAUCAUAGUGACCAGGAUAAGUUCUCAUCUUAAAACCCCCAUGUAUUUUUUUAUUUGCAAUCUCUCCAUUGUGGAUAUUUGUCUUACUACAGUAACAUUACCCAAAAUGCUGGCUAUCAUUGUCUCUACGAAAAAGUCAAUUUCCUUUAUAGGUUGCAUAACUCAGAUGUAUUUUUUCUUAGCCAUUGGAGUUACUGAAUCUACUCUACUCUCAGUAAUGUCAUAUGAUCGGUAUGUUGCUAUUUGUCAGCCACUAAGAUAUUCUAUUAUGAUGAAAAUGGAUGACUGCAUGUAUAUGGCCAUUGGCUGUUGGCUAUGUGGGCUUUUCAUUGUUUUGCUUCCAGUAAUAAUAAUCUCCAGAUUGCCUUUUUGUCAUUCUUAUAUUGUUAAUCAUUUUUUCUGUGAUCUUUCACCUGUAAUUCAGCUCUCCUGCAGUGACAUUCAUAAUCUUGAGAUGUUUAAUUUUUUUACAGCAAUUGUUGUCAUACUGGGGACAUUUUCAAUUAUUUUUAUGUCAUAUCUGCGUAUAUUACAGACUAUUUUAAAUAUACCCUCAUCCAUUGGCAAGAAAAAAUCAUUUUCUACCUGUGCUUCUCACCUUACUGCUGUUAUGAUUUAUUAUGGGUCCCUUGUUUUUAUGUACAUUAGACCCAAGUCCAAAAGUAACCUGGAUUUGGAUAAACAAACCUCUGUGUUUUAUUCUAUAAUAACUCCAACACUGAACCCCAUGGUCUACAGCCUCAGAAAUCAUGAUAUGAAGAAUGCCUUUAUUAAAUUAUUCCAAAGAAAAAAAUAUAUUUUUCAUGUAACAUGA